GCAAUCAGCAACCAAGGAAAAGAUGGACCCCCUUGCCCGCGCCCUACAAGCCAUCGACGCCCUCCACAGCGCCGACCCCACCACAGACCCCACGACCGGCACCCCCAACGAACUACACUACGCCCAGCGCAUGACCGCCUGGCUGGACCGCCACACCCCCAACCCGUCUUCGGCCCUCCAACUCGCCAUCCGCGCCCAACACCUCAAACGCUGGGAGGUGCCGCGCGCGACCUACCCGGCAGGCAAAGCGGGGUACUACGCGUGGCGGACGGGACUGGCGCGCCGGCAAGCGGAGAUGGCGGUGCAGGUGUGCGUGGCGAGCGGGAUCGCGGAGGCCGAGGCGCAGCGCGUCGGGCAGCUGAUCCGGAAGGAAGGGCUGAAGGGGAAAGAGGUGGAUGCUGAGGCGCAGGUGCUGGAGGAUGUGGCGUGCCUUGUGUUUUUGGAGGAGCAGUUGGAGGGGUUCCAGGAUGGGUAUGAGGAGGAGAAGGUCGUGGCGAUCUUGCGCAAGACGUGGGGGAAGAUGUCGGAGCGCGGGAGGGGGUUGGCGUUGACGGAGGUCAGGUUGGGGGAGAGAGGGAGGGAGUUGGUUGGGUUGGCGUUGGGGGAUUCUUAGAUUGC